GUGACAGAUGCCCUGUCUAUGAUUUUUGCAAUAGAACAGAUAAAUAAUUCCACCUUUUUGCCAGGAAUAACUUUGGGCUAUGAAAUUUAUGACUCCUGCUCUGAUGCACUGAAGGCAACUCAAGCAAUACUGCAAUUAAUUCCAGAAGCCAUGAGCACAAACAAUUCCAAAGAGUGCAAGGCUACAGAGACUGUGCCUUCUGUGAAAGCUGUGGUUGGAGAAGAAUAUUCUGAAAUAUCUAUUGCAAUUGCAAGAUUUCUCAGCCUUCACUUUAUUCCUCAGAUAAGCCCUGCAUCCACAGCUGCAAUUCUUAGUGACAAAGUGAGGUUCCCUUCCUUUCUUCGCACUGUCCCAAAUGAUAAACACCAAACUGAAGCUAUGGUGAAAGUGAUCAGAACAUUUUGGUGGAACUGGGUUGGUAUCAUAUCAAGUGACGAUGAUUAUGGACGCUCUGCACUAGAUUUUUUAAAUAUUCUCUUUCCACAGCAUGGGAUAUGCCGCGCAUUCUCCAAAAUCGUUCCAUCGUCUGGAGAACAUCCUGAUUUGCCUAAUGUAAUAACUAGUAUAACAAAUGAACUCAGCACUAAUAAAGCAAAUAUUAUAAUCAUAAUUGCUAAAGGCCCCUUUGUUGUGAAACUUUUCAAAGAAGUCAUCAGACUGAAUAUAUCCAAAACAUGGAUUGCAAGUGAUGCCUGGUCAACUUCAAAAGAAGUUUCGAGCAUUGAAGACAUUGAAAAAAUUGGAACCAUACUUGGAUUCAACUUCAAGGAAAAUCGUGCUUCAGGAAUAACAGAAUAUCUACUGAAUCUCAAUCCCAGAGAACCUGAAGCAAGGAAUGAUUUUCUUAAAGAGUAUAAAGAAUUCCGUUUUGGUUGUACAGAUGAGUACAGAAUAUACCUAGAAUGUAUUGAGUCAGCUUUGGAAAACUGUUCAAAUUCUGAGUCAAUAAAACAAAAAUCUCCUCUAGCAUGCAGGAUAGAAAAUAUUUAUUUAGCAAAUGAUGAUUACCUAUUGAACAAUACUGAAUGGGGCAAAUCACAUAGUACAUAUAUGGCAAUUGAAGCCAUAUCUAGUGCACUGAAGAACUUAAUAUGCAAAGAUGGAACAUGUGAAAAGAAUCGGAGCUUAUCACCACAAGAGCUUUUAAAAGAAAUAAAGAACGGAACUUACUCAAGAAGUGGGGAGACUUUCCGUUUUGAUUCCGUUGGCGAUGUCUUAAAUGGAUAUGAUGUGAUUAAUUGGCAAUAUUUGAACCACACUACCGAAUUUAAGAUUGUUGGAAAUUAUGAUAUAUCAGAUGGGAUAAUUACAUUAAAUAAAAGUAUUUUUAUGUGGAACACGGACACAGAGAUGGCUCCUUUUUCCAAUUGCUCACGAUCCUGCAGUCCUGGAGAAUACAAAAAGCAUUCUGACAUCAGUUGCUGCUAUGAAUGCAUAAAAUGUGCAGAUAAUUACUUCUCUUCUACAACUGAUGAGACUCAGUGUACAAAGUGUCAACUCUUUGAAUGGUCAAAUAGCGGAAGCUCGACAUGUGAAAAAAGGACCGUUCAGUACCUGGAAUGGAGCAACCCAUUUGCAAUCACAUUGUUAAUAUUCACCGUCUUUGGAUUUCAACUAUUACUAGCUAUCGGAAUCGUGUUCAUUAAAUGUCCCAACAAACCACCAGUUCGAGCAGCAGGAGGGAAUUACAGCUAUCUGAUUAUAGCAUCUUUAUUUUCCAGCCUGACAAGCAUCUUUUUUUUUAUUGGUCCACCAAGUAAUACAAUCUGUCAGAUCAGACAACCUCUCUAUGGUAUCAGCUUCACCAUCUGUGUUUCUUGUAUAUUGGUCAAAUCUUUACGUAUCAUUUUUGCAUUUCAUUUAGCCAACAGACUAAAGAAGUUUACUAAACUAAGUUACACGCCGUUGGCUAUUAUCAUUAUACUAACUGGUAUUCAGAUUUGUAUUUGUGUUUUAUGGAUGAUAUUAAAAAGACCCUUUUAUGUAAAAGAUUAUAAAAUACCUCAAUUCCUAGUUGUGCAGUGUGAUGAAGGGUCCUAUGUUCCUUUUGGUAUUAUGUUGGGUUACAUUGGAUGUCUUGCAUUAAUUUGUUUCAUUCUAGCAUAUAAAGGUAGGAAAUUGCCAGAGAAAUAUAACGAGGCCAGGAGUAUUACAUUUAGCAUGCUCAUAUAUAUGUUUGUGUGGAUUAUCUUCAUCCCCGUUUAUAUGAAUACAAAUGGCAUUUAUAUAUCAGCUGUUCAAUUUGUAGCCAUAUUAGCUUCAGUAUAUGGAGUUAUAUUUUGUCAUCUUUUGCCAGCAUGUUACAUUAUAUUGUUCAAAAGAUAAAAACACUGUAACAGGGAGCUAUACUUGAAAAGUGUAUGUGCAUUCUAUAGGGCUAGACAAAGAGUAUUUUCUAUUAGAAACACAGGCUUGCAAAGUCAACCUACUGAUUCUAAUCUAGAAGCUCAGGUCACAAACAUCUCUCAGCUACAACCAAAAAGAACAGCAGUAA